AUGAGUGUUAAGAAACCAUUGAAUGAAGAACUGUAUCAGGUUUAUGGGGAAGAGGAUGAUGAUUACUUCUAUGAAGAAGAGUAUGUAAUUAGCAAAUCCGCAAAAGUAACGCUAUUCGGAUCAUUUAUCUGUAUUUGUGUUGGGUGCAUUUGGUUUUUCGCUAUCUUUUUACCGGACUAUUUUAUACCUGAGGCUAGAGAUUUGGAAGGUAUAACCAAGGUUACAGACUUGAAAGUUACGUUGAAACCAUUAAACGAGGGUAGGAUCAAGCUGUUGGGAUUAUGGGACGAAUCGAGUGAUGCCCAUGUAGGCCAUGACGGUGAGAAAUUAGAUAAUGACAGUGAAAGCGAUGACGAAAUUGGAAUCGAAGAAAGUGACAGCGAAAUGCAAGAUGAUGUGGAACUCGACCUGAAGAGAACCGUCGAGAGACUUAUACUUAUCGGUGAUGUGCACGGGCAUUAUACAAAGCUUCGUAAAUUACUUCGAAAGCUUAACUUCAAUCGCCGCACUGACCAUGUACUCAUGUUGGGAGAUUUCAUUGCCAAAGGUCCCGAUUCUAUCAAGGUUUUAGAAUUUGCAAUCGAUAAUAAGAUUGAUUGCAUAUUCGGAAACCAUGAAUUGUACGUGCUACAAAACUAUGCUCAGUUUCACCAACUAGAUGCGCCUCGAUUUGUCAAUGAGAAAUCAGAUAUCGGUGUCGAAAGCCUGUUUAAUGAAGAUCCCGAGUAUUUAUUGGCGAAGAAAUUGCAGCCGCACCACGUUGAUUACAUUAAUAGUUGCCUGGUAAUCAAAAAACUAGGCAAAGUUCCGUUGCAUAAGCGAAAUGAAGAUGGAAGUCUGAAAUAUUCUAAUGGAGUUGCUGUACAUGGUGGACUCCGUUGGGAUUUGCCCUUCGAAGAACAGGAUUCAGAGAAAUGUUUGGAAAUGAGGUCUUAUAUCGGUCCCGACUUUAACGAGUCAACAGACGAUCCAUUCAAAGAAAAUGCCGUUUCGUGGUCUAAAAUAUGGAACGAGAAACAAAAGGAAUUGUCCAAGGAAGAUGCCUAUGUUGUUUAUUAUGGUCACGACGCUAGAAGAGGCCUCAAAUUAAAGAAAUACUCUAAAGGGCUCGACACCGGAUGUUACAAAGGUGGCCGAUUAACGGCGAUGGUCCUUUGGAACGAAAAGUUUCUAACCUCCAAGGGUAAAACAAAUAUUUUGCAUAAAGAAAAGAUGCUAAGCAUCUCGUGCUAG